AUGACAACUGUUUUGAAUGUCCCCUGCACCAACCGCCCAAAUCCCUUCUCCAAGCCAAUCCAAACCCUUCUAACACCUAGCAACCUUUCCUCGGCGCCAACGCCAGACGAGACAGCUGCCCAACUUGUCAACUCUGUGACUACGUCGUCGGACCCUACCAACGCACUCUGGGAGCUCUGGGACGCCUUUUUCACGGCUGUCGUCACCUCUCGAACGUCACACGACUCUCAUCUCGCCCUCCUCGGCGCCCUUCACGCGCAGCCACCAACGCAGCUCAAGGGACGCGCAAGAUCUAGCCUAGGCAGCUACAUUGAGACUGACGGAAAGCUACACUGGCAGACACUGCCGCGGUUCAGCGCGCAGUGGCAAGACGUGCACGAUAUUCUCGAGGCCUGGCGCGACUGGGAUGGUGUGCGUUCGGGUGCGGGAGAUAACUCUACUAUUAGUGCGUUAAGUAAUAGCGGGGAUGAGUACUUUCUCCGCUUCUGCGUCUUCUCGGCUGCGCUGCUAAAAGCGACCAAAGGUAAAGGUGAGGUGCACCCUAUAUGGGUCUUUUAUGCGUGUCGUGACUUGCUGGAGCAUGAGGGACCCCAGCCCCGCCCACCAAAAGCGCAUAGGAUGUCGUCGAAGCAGUUGUGGGCGCUGGAUGUCCGGAUAGCAGCGAUCUGGAUGCGGGAUGGGGGUUGGGCACUAUGGGAUACGGACUAUGAUGAGCUGCGGCGGCACUGGGCGGCGGCGUUGGAUGAUCAGACAGAACUAUGGCCGAGAGAGGAUGGUCUGACGCGGGAGCGUUGGAGAUUGUGGGGAGAGAGGCUGCAGGCUUUAAGUACGGAGGGAAUUCUGGACAAGGAAACGAGGGUUGUGGUUACAGAAGCUGCUGAAGUGGUUGGUGGCAUUUUGGAAGGCUCGACUUAG